UUAUCGCGAGACUUCCGCCCCACUAUUAGCUUGGGCGCGCCGCGCGUUCAGCCUUUCCUCCCGCGCGGCGGCGGAGACUGGCUGCUGUUUGCUUUUCGGAGGGCUGUGGUCUGUAGGUUGUUGUCGGCAGCAGGAGCCUGUGUCGAGCCGGCGCAGGGAAACUACACCACAUUUACCAGAUUUUCACGGUCAGAAAUCUAUUGAAAGCAAAAGAUAAUUUGAGAGGGACUUGGAUCAAGAAUGGAUUCUCUUAACUAUGCAACGGCAUUUGAUUCAGCUGUGGAAACUGAGAAUCAAAGUGACAACUCUUCCUCUGGUAGCAGCUUAUUUAAAACUCAGUAUGUUCCUGUUCCACCUAAACAGAAGCAAAGAAACACUAUUAGAAAAUUCGUUCACAUACCCAAAAGUACUCAAGCAACAGAGUCAUCUAGUGACUCAUCUAUAGAGCCAAUACCACUGACUUUAAAGGCUAUUUUUGAAAGAUUCAAAAAUAAGAAAUGGAAACGGAAAAAGAAGAAAUACAAGCCAACGGGAAGAUCAGCAGGAAGACCAAAAGGAAGGAGAACCAGGAAAUUCUCACAAAUUACUGAGAAACAAUUUAAAGACAAAAGACCUGGUUUCCCAUCUUUAGAAUCAGAAAAUGGAAGAAAACCAUUACCUUGGAGAAAAAUUUUAACCUUUGAGCAAGCAGUGGCAAGAGGAUUUUUUAACUACCUUGAAAAACUGAAGUAUGAAUACUACCUCAAGGAAUCCUUGAAGCAGAUGAAUGUUGCUGAAGAUUUAGAAAAAGAAGACCUUGAUAGUCGAAGAUACAGAUACUUGGAUGAUGAUGGAUCUCUCUCUCCUAUUGAAGAGUCAGCAGCAGAGGAGGAGAUUGCAGCAAACCUUGAACAUGAUGAAUGUGAUAUUAAGUUGGUGGAGAAUAGUUACUUCAUAAUAAGUUCUGAAUUUCCAAAGAAGAAGAAUGUAUAUUUGGAUCAAGAGCAAUAUACUGAAGAAACUGCUUUGCUUAAAAAGAGAACAUCAAAAUCUAAACACUGGACAGAGGACAAAAUGGGCUGAAGAGAGAUAGGAUUAUAAAUACCAGACAAGGCUUUUAUCUUCGGAAUACAGUGUCUGGAUUUUCCAAAGGUAUGUCUAACGCUUUAGGUGAGUUUGGUUCAGAUUUGUGUAAAUAUGAUACAUUGUCAGAAUUUCUCCAGAGUUUUAAUUUUUGAAAGGCAUUUUUGCCAACUUUAAAUUUCUAUUCAUUAUGUAAUUUCAGAAAAUGAAUCUCAGGAUUGGCAUGUUUUAUAGCGACAUUGUGCCAGCUUUACUUUGCUUGCAGGAAAGGGUCCUAGAACUAUAAGCUAUCAGAAUCUUGGCUAUCCCCUCUUGAAGCAUAUGUAUUUUUAAUCUGCUAACACCCUCUAUAUAAUUUAUUUUAAAAUUUAUUGAAGUAUAGUUGAUUUACAGUGCUAAUUUCUGCUGUACAACAAAGUGACUCAGUUAUAUGAUUUUUAUUUUUGUUCUUUUUUCUUUAUGAUCUAUCACAGAAUAUUAAUUCCCUGUGCUAUAUAUAGUAAGCACUUGUUUAUCUUAUGAAUUUGUAUCUGCUAAUCCCAAGUUCCCAGUCCAUGGCUCCCCCACACCGCCAUCUCCUGUCCAACCACAAGUCCAUAUCUGAUUCCACAUAUAAAUGAUACCUAUUUCUGACUUAGUUUGCUUUGUAUAUCACUAGGUCCAUCCAUGUUGCUGCAAAUGGCAUCAUUUUCAUAUUAAUGGCUGAGUUAAUAUACACACCCCUCCCACACAUCUUUAUCAGUUCACCUCUCAGUGGACAUUUUUGUUGGUUCCAUAUCUUGGAACAGUGCUGUAGUGAACACAGGUGCCUGUAUCCUUUCUAACCAUAUUUUUCUUUGCGUGGGAUUGCUCAUCAUAUGGUAGCUCUACUGUUUUCUGUAGUGGCAGUACCAAUUUACAUUCCCACCAACAAUGUAGGAGAAGGUUCCUUUUUUUUUCUCCAACACUCUGGCAUUUAUUAUUUGUAGACUUAAAACGAUGGCCAUUCUGACCAAUGUGAGAUGGUACUUGAUUAUAGUUUUGAUUUGCAUUUCUCUAAUAGUGAUGUUGAACAUAGAGAGUCUUAACCAGUAAACCACCAGGGAUGCAUCCCACAAUUAAGGGAUGCAUAUACUAAAAUGAAGUAGAAAAUUUAAUAGUGCAAUGCUAGAAAUGACUACACAGGACAUAUAAUCAUAAAUCUGAAUGAUGCCAGUUAUCAAUGAGAAUAUUUUGUAUUAUAGUUCUCAAUUUAAAGCCAAAAAUUCAUUUAAAUAGUUUUGCAGUAAUGUGGGCACUGCAAGGUUAAACACAUUGUAGUAAUAAAGUUCUUAAUAAUCAAGCUUAAAUUUACAUUAUGCAAUUUUUUGGUUUACCUGUAAUAGCUACUUGGUACUUCAUACUACCUUUCCUAAGCAUUGAUUUAAAGCUACAUAUCAUGUGAUUAAUUCAUGGUAUUCUUUAAAUUACUUAAUUUAAAAUUAAUUAAACAAUGAUUAAGCAACAGUUGAGGUCUAUCCCGAUGGGGCUUUUUCUGUAAACCUACGUCGUUGGAAACGCCUCAUAGAGUAACUGUGUAGUUUCCUUUACUCACAGAACUACCUGUUAGAUCUGUGGGAAAGAACUACAAGACAUAGCUGCCUAUUAAACUAUGAAAAACCUAACAAUUUUUUUUUA